AUGACAACUGUUGAGAAAAGACAGACUCUAAUUCAACCAAUACAAGAAAAAGAAAUAUUUGAUGCUCUGCAUGAUAUUGGUGAUACUAAGGCUCUAGGGAUGGAUGGCUACAAUGCAAAAAAUUUCAAGAGUUAUUGGGACACUAUGAAGCAGGAUGUUAUCAGUGCAGUCUGCUACUGGUUCAAGUACAACACUAUGUCCAAAGGGUUCAAUAGCACACUUGUGUUAACAGCCAACCUUGCAAAGGUUAUAGGAUCUAUAAUUGGGCAUAACCAAGCUGUGUUUAUUCCUGGUCAACAAAUACAUAAGCAUAUCCUUCUAGCUUAUGAGCUGAUUAGAGGCUACACUAGGAAGCAUGGCACUCUUAGAUGCAUGAUUCAGCUCGAUCUGCAGAAGGCAUACGAUAUGCUCAAUUGGAAAUCUUUAGAUACCAUUCUUCAUGAGAUGGGGAUCCCUAACCAAUUUGUGAAUUGGAUUAUGAAUGGUGUUACCACUAUCACUUACAGAUACAACAUUAAUGGUGAGCACUCCAAGUUAAUGAAAGCUGAGAGGGGCAUAAGACAGGGAGAUCCAAUUUCACCCUUUCUCUUUGUGAUUGUCAUGGAGUACAUGAGUAGACUACUUCAUCAGAUGCAACUAAAUCCCAACUUCGAUCACCAUUUAAAAUGUGAAAAGUUAGAGCUCACCCACCUAACUUUUGUUGAUGAUAUCCUCCUCCUUGCUAGAGGAGAUGUUGGAUCUGUCACACUGAUACACCAAACUCUGCAGAGAAGGGGGCUACCCUUUAGAUAUCUUGGGGUACCCUUAACUAGCAAGAAAUUGACUGUUGCUCACUACCUUCCCCUUAUUGAUAAAAUUCUGAGCAGAAUCCAACACUGGAGUGCUAGAUUACUUAGUCAUGCAGGUAGGGUUCAAUUGGUGAAAGUUGUAGGGUUUGCUAUAGCCAACUAUUGGCUUCAGUGUAUCCCUAUUCCUAAAGCUGUGCUUAAGAAGAUUCAUGUAGCUUGUAGGACUUUCAUAUGGACAAGUGGCAUCUCCACCAACAGGAAAAGUCCUAUUUCCUGGAAGAAUAUGUGUAAGCCUAUGGUGAAAGGUGGUCUCUGUAACACCCCAUUUUCUACCCAACAUUUAUAUUAA